AUAUAGUGAUUAAGGAGUCGGAUAAGAUGGAGGAUUCUCCAAAAUUAUUGGAUACUCCAUCACUUCCGUCGGAGAGAUUCAUUGGAGAUUCAUAUACAAGCGAAGUUUCAAACCUAGUCCAGUCAGAUGAGAUGUAUUCUCCUCUUGUUGACUCUGAGUAUGGGAGAUCAAGUAUUAAUGAAGGUAGCCCAAAGCCUCAUAAGGAAACUGAUAAUUUCAUGGGAUUUCAGAGCUUUGGCUCCAAAACAUCUCCUAAAAUUGGGGGACUAAACGAUCCAAAAAUGAGAACAAUUCAGAGUAUCAACCCAGAUAGCAAAUUUCUUAAUGAUUCUGGCCUUAUAAAAACUACUAGAGACGAGCAGGUGAACAACCAAAUCAAUACCUGAGUUGAAGAAUUUAUGAAUGAAGCCAAAUCUAUUGAGAAGGACCUUGCUAAACUUCGUCAGCUGUCUAUCGAGAAGAACCGGAAUAAUCCUGAUUUUUCUGGUAGAGCAAGUCCUAAUUUUUACCAAAAGAUCCCUCCAAGAGUUGGUGAUUUGCAAAAUCAAUAUUCAGGGAGAUAUAAUAACAGAAAUGGAACUACCAAGGGAAGUAGAAGUGUUGAGAAUUCGUUGGAAAGAGAUACCCUAGCAAGACACUUUAAUAUGCCAUACCAGGAGCUUGAUCAAGUUGGUGCUACUAUGGUCCAACACUCUCCACCAAAUCAGAGAUUUAUGACUUAUACUGAGCAAAAGCCAAUGAUGACGCCCAAGAACAUGCCUUCAGAUAUGCAAUUUAUGGGAAUGAAUAAUACUUUACCAGGCUCUCAGAUGAAUUCAAUUCCUUUACUUCCUAGAAAACUGAAUUAUAUUUCAGAGAAACACUUGGCCACUCACUUUGGAAGUGAUCAUGAUAUGCUUCCUGGAAGUUUGGAGAAUUACUCAACUCCAAGAGUCGAGAAAUGCUAUAAUUGACAAUCAAAGAACCAGAUAAUAGAUCAAUUACAAGCUGAAAUUCAUCAAAAGAACAUCUUACUGGAAUCAUUAAGUAAAUCUAUUGAGUCCUUGAGUAUGUCUAAAGGUAAGCGUCAGCUCAGAUCUCCCUUAAUCCUAAAAGGUCCUUCCUUUACCUCAAAGACAACUAAGGUCGGUUCAAACGAGCUCAAGAAAAAGUACGAGUAUGCUAAGAUCCAAAUCAGAGAAUUAGAGAAGAAAUUUAGCAAAUAAUGAAGAAAUUAUGCAAAAAUAUCGUGAGAUUAAGAAGCAGAUUAAAGAGGAGUUAACUGAGGUCAUUAAAAAGCAUAACCAGUCCCAAACAGAUUGUAGAGAGAUGAAGAAAUUGAUCGAUCUUCAGGAAGCUGAGAUAGAUAGCUUGAAAGAAACUUUAAAUUCUGUGAAUUUUGUGCAUAAAUCUACUGCUAAGCCUUUAGAAGAGACUACUCUAAAUAGCUCUGAGACUAAGAAAAGCUCUAGAACAAAUUAUUACAAGAAUAUAUUGCAUGAAAUCUUGAAAAUUUGUGGUAUGUAUAUGAAGGGAGAAGGCUCCAUUGAAAAACUUCCUGUUACCAUUGAUAUGCUAUUCCAGAAGAACAAGAAAACUUAUGACCACCUUAAAUUUAUUACUUGCACCCUUGAAAUGGAUUGCAGGAAACAUUCUGUAGAUGAAAUCGCAGGCUAUAUAGUCAAGCUCAAGAAUGAGCAUGAGAAAAUGAGAGACAAGAUAAAGCAUAUUAAGCGAUUUAGCUUUACUUAAUGACUACUUUAAAAGUA